CUCAGCUCUGUCACUCUGCGCUGCUCCCCUCCGGCACACACACACACACACACACACGCGCGCGCACACACACACAGAGCAUGCCUCCGUUCGACAAAACCCCGGUGCAGAACAAGCCGUUCAAACAGAGGAAGAGCUUCGCGACAAGGAAACAAGAGGUGGCGGGCAUCAGGUCGAAAUUCCCCAACAAGAUCCCGGUCAUCAUCGAGCGCUACGAGAGGGAGAAGUAUCUUCCUCCGCUGGAUAAGACUAAGUUCCUGGUGCCGCACGAGCUCACCAUGACGCAGUUCGUCACCAUCAUCAGGAACCGCAUGGCGCUGCUGCCCUCCCAGGCCUUCUACCUGCUCAUCAACAGCAGUGGUCUGGCCAGCAUGUCUCUCACCAUGGCUCAGGUGUACAAGGACCAGCAGGACGAGGACGGCUUCCUCUACAUGACGUACGCCUCGCAGGAGAUGUUCGGGCGCCUCUAGGGGGGGGGGGGGGGGCUGUAAAUAGAUCAAUAUUGUGUGUAUAUAUAAUGUAAUAACUGCUGUACAUGUUUGGGAUAGAUGGCUUUUAAUUGAAGGAUGUGGAUCAAUAAAUAUUUUGCAU